GGGUGAACUGGAGGAGCUGAGGCAGUCAGGAAGGAGCUCGUUGGGCUGCGCGGCGCGCGAUGUGGAGCCGCCGCCUCGGCCCCUGCAGCAGCCGCUGUCGCCGCCGCUGCUGCUGGGGCUGCCGCCGAGCCGAGGGACAUGGAGCGCGGCUGCAGAGAGCGGCCACCGGCAGCAGCAGCAGCGAGCGUCGCAGCGACAGCGGAGUGCCGCCCGCCCCGUGAGGCGCUGCCCGGCCAGCGGCGGCAGCGGGAGCAGCAGCAACAGGGUGGUUGAAAAGCCGGCGGCGGCGUUCCUCCUCGCAACCGCCCUUCCCGCUUCGCCUCCCCUCACUCUUCGCUUUCUCAGCCUUCCCUUUGCCACCCCGUCUUCCUCCCCAGCGCUCGCGGAGCAGCUGAGCCCGGGGGCGGGGGAAGGGGGCGCGUGCCGCCGGAGCGGGGGAGGGGCGGGGCGGCGCGCGCCGCGCCCAGGGCUCUCGGAGACCCGGGGGGCGCGUGCCGCGGCGUGAGGAGAGGCGCGGGGCGGUGCGACGGGGCCCCUCCCCCUUGCAGCCUGGCGCGCGCCGGCCGGGCCGCACCGCUGCGGGCUCCGCGCGCGCGGGCCAUGUCCGCCUUUUGCCUGGGCUUGGCUGGCCGCGCUUCAGCACCCGCAGAGCCGGACAGCGCCUGCUGCAUGGAGCUGCCCGCCGCGGCCGCGGACGCAGUCGGGAAUCCAGCCGCAGCCGCCGCCGCCCUUGUCUCCUUCCCCGGGGGCCCCGGGGAGCUGGAACUGGCGUUAGAGGAGGAGCUGGCGCUGCUGGCGGCCGGGGAACGGCCGUCCGACCCCGGAGAGCAUCCUCAGGCCGAGCCCGGGCCUCCAGCCGAGGGGGCCGAACUGCAGCCGCCGCCCGCCCAGGAUCCCGAGCUGCUGUCGGUGAUCCGGCAGAAGGAGAAGGAUCUGGUCUUGGCGGCCCGACUGGGCAAGGCACUGCUCGAGAGGAACCAGGACAUGAGCCGGCAGUACGAGCAGAUGCACAAGGAGCUGACAGAUAAGCUGGAGCACUUAGAGCAAGAGAAACACGAACUAAGAAGACGAUUUGAGAACCGAGAAGGGGAGUGGGAAGGGCGUGUGUCCGAGCUGGAGAGUGAUGUGAAACAGCUUCAGGAUGAGUUGGAGAGGCAGCAGGUUCAUCUACGGGAAGCAGAUCGAGAAAAAACACGGGCUGUCCAGGAAUUAUCAGAACAGAACCAAAGGUUAUUGGAUCAACUCAGCAGGGCAUCAGAAGUUGAGAGACAGCUAUCUAUGCAAGUCCAUGCCCUCAGAGAAGACUUUCGGGAGAAAAACUCAUCAACCAACCAGCACAUCAUCCGACUCGAAAGCCUUCAGGCCGAGAUCAAGAUGCUGUCGGAUCGGAAACGGGAGCUGGAGCACCGUCUCAGUGCCACCUUAGAGGAGAAUGACCUGCUCCAAGGGACUGUGGAGGAACUACAGGACCGGGUGCUGAUCCUGGAGAGGCAGGGCCAUGACAAAGACCUCCAGCUGCAUCAGAGCCAGCUGGAGCUCCAGGAGGUACGGCUCUCCUACCGACAGCUGCAGGUGAAGGUGGAGGAGCUCACUGAGGAGAGGAGUCUGCAGAGCUCUGCAGCCACCAGCACGUCCCUCCUGUCUGAAAUAGAGCAGAGCAUGGAGGCCGAGGAGCUGGAGCAGGAGAGAGAGCAGCUGAGACUGCAGCUCUGGGAAGCCUACUGCCAGGUUCGCUAUCUCUGCUCACACCUUCGAGGAAAUGACAGCGCUGACUCGGCCGUCUCCACGGACUCCUCAAUGGACGAGUCUUCAGAAACGUCGUCUGCCAAGGAUGUACCCGCAGGCAGCUUGCGCACUGCUCUCAGCGAGCUCAAGAGACUGAUACAGAGCAUUGUGGAUGGCAUGGAGCCCACGGUGACACUGCUGAGUGUGGAGAUGACUGCGUUGAAGGAGGAGAGAGACCGACUUAGAAUGACAUCUGAGGACAAGGAACCAAAGGAGCAGCUUCAGAAGGCCAUCAGGGACCGGGAUGAGGCCAUCGCAAAGAAGAACGCUGUGGAGCUGGAACUCGCCAAGUGCAAGAUGGACAUGAUGUCUCUGAACAGCCAGCUACUGGAUGCCAUUCAGCAGAAACUGAACCUCUCGCAGCAGCUUGAGGCUUGGCAGUUUGCUUCCUCAGGGCUUUUUACUAUCUGGCUCCUUUGGUUUCUGAUCUAGUGGCCUUUCUCAGUUCCCGUAUCAACAGCUUUAGUUGUACACCCCUCCUGCCUUUGAGGUGAGAUUGAGCCCUCAUCCCCCCACCCUCUUCCCUGCCACCAUCGCAGUCCCGCCCCUGCCGCCUCCCUUGUGGUCCACCGUGUUGUGUGUCAGUGCCGGCGUCAUCUCCGUACAGCGUGCCAUGCCAUCGAUCGAGCCCUGGCCUCCCUCCUCCUUCCACUGUCACAUCCGGUGAGCGCGGCAGCAGGUGGCCCAGUACUGACAGGCUGACCCGUCUGGCCCUGGUUUCUUGGUUCCACCUCCUCAUAAAUGGGUUGUUUUAUAGAAGUAACGGCCAGCAUGGAAUUAUGAGCAGCUCAUGCAUGUGUGUGUACGAAGUUUUGAACUGAUAUAUUUCAUGGAAUUAUCUUGAUAAAUCUUAAAAGUAUAAAAAAAUGCAGUUUGCAAUGUACCAGAGAACACUUAACAACAUAGAUUUUUAUGGAGCACUUCCCAAGUACAGGGCACUGUGCUGAGGAUUUGACACGACACGGGGACCUUCAAAGUAGGGACUAUAUCUCAUUUUUGUGAGGAGGAGGAGGAGAGGUGUAUAGGAAGUUGAAUAUGAAGAGGGGAGGAAGGCAGGAGAGCAGGACAUGAGCAGGGGGUCCACACCCGCCGCCACCUGGUGACCUGGUCAGGAAAGUCCCUUUGUUUCACACUGAAACUUGCAAAGACAUUUGAGUGACUGUUGAGAGCUUAGGUGAGUGUGUAGGAGUGGUGGACAAGCUGGUCAAGCUGGGAGUGGGGCCCAGCCAGCCCACUUCCUGUGCUCACCAAGUGAGCAGCUGCUCUGGGCUGCUGAGGUCAUCUUCCCCGACCUCAGGAAACGCCCAGCCCGAAAGCAGGCCUCACAGUCCUGUGCACGAACAGACACGAGCAGCUGAUUCACUCCAGCAUUUGGCCCAAGGCUCGGUCUUUUCACCAGGACAUCCCAGAGCCCAUCGGGUUCAGGGUGAAGGAAUCAGGCAGAUGCUUGUGUUUCCGGCUGAUGUUACUAGACAGGGCUGCUUUUGAUUCUAAACCAAUAGUUUUCAUAAUGUGUUAGUGGCGGAACGCCUUUAUCAAAUGGAAUCUUGCACAGACUCAGAAUCUAGCAAGUAGAAUGGAGAGUGGAGCUGCUCCGUCCGUUAGCCACUCCGUGGCGUAAAAGCUGAUGUUCCGUAAGGCGAAGUCAGGGAGAAGGGGGAGUUUUCUAUGCAACUUUAACACACCGGAGGGGAAAGGUGCUACCCCAUUGAAGAAGCCAAGGAAGUGGGCGUAAGUUGGAGCAAGACAAGCCCCGAAGAUGGUGAUGCCCCCUGGCCUCUGCCAGUGGGGGCCGAGCGCGUGGUUGGUGGUCAGCGAGGACGGCACCAGGGAGCCUGUGACCUCGCACGUGGGCCUGCCAGGGGUGCAUGGGCAUCAGCAGUUCAGGCUGGUAGUAAUUUGAAGGGGAUGAAGGGGCAGGAAAAGCCCCCUGUGGCCAGGAUGUUAGGCUGGAGAGCUGGCAAGCUGAGGCCACCCCAGGGUUUGGUGGGGGGUGGGUGCCAAGUGAGAGGUGCCCACCCAGACCCAAGGGGACACAGGAAGCAGGACAGAGAGGGCCGGUCACAGGCAAGGCUGAGCGCUGGUGUGGGCUGGCAGGCUGGGUGGAGAGGCAGACGGGCAAGUAUCAGCUGCGGCCAUCCUCUGGGCCCACAGAGACACACCUGGUCUGCGGGGUCAGCCGAGGGAGUAACAUUAGUGAGAAGCCAGCCCAAGCCCUGAGGAGACUGGAGGUGCCGCGUGGCUACUGUUGUGUCCCCGCACUGCAUCCACACUUGCUGCUUGCUUGGUCGCAUCGGGGCAGCCGUGGCUGCAGCCGCUCACUCAUCUCAUCCCUCAUCCUCAUCUCUCGCUUCCUACAUUUGCC